AUGCGGUACAGUUUCGAGGAGGUGGCGAAAAAAGAGACGGGGGGCCUCUGCCGCGCGCUGGCCGCCAACAAGGCCGCAGGUAGCGGCGCGAUGAAGACGUACAUGCAGCUCGCCGAGGCGGAGAUGCGAACGCUGCCGAAGCAGCGAAGGCUGCUUGAGCGGCUGAUGCUGCAGUCGGAGGAGGAACGCCGCGCCGCUGCAUGUGAACGGCGACAGUUGGCGCUGCGUCGCCGUGACGAGUUGCUUAGAAAACUGCGACGGUUUGACGCCGAGGAGGAGGUUGAGGGUGCGGAGAUGACCUUGGCGGAGAAACAUGCGAGGCAAUGGGGCGCGGUCUACGCUGGGCUUGCACUGCGACGAGAGCAACUUGCCCAUGUGCUGUCGUGCGUCUCCACGGCGGUGCAUGUGGCGAGCUGCGCAGAUGCGGUGGACUCCUGGGCAGCGUUUUCGGGCGCCGUGCACCGUGCGAUCGCCCUCUUGGAAAAGAACAAAGACGCCGCGCCCCCGGCGCUUUCCACGCGGCCCCUCUACGCCCAACUGGAGCAGGUGAGCAAGAUGCAGCUGCAGGCCGCUGCUCUGCUGAACCACGAGCGCCAUCAACAGUCGCUCUUGCGGGAGAGCACCGCGGAGCUGUUUAAGGACCAGGAACGGCUGCUCGCGUGGUGUGUCGAGCAGCAGGAGACUUUGUACACUCUGAAGACCCUGAGGGAUAUUCGGGAGUUUGCCGCCUCGUUUAUGUCAAACGUGGCGGUGAUGGACACGAACUUCCUCGUCCUGCUGGAGCGCAGCGAGCGCCUUACGUCGAACCGGGCCGUGCGCGAGGCGCUGGUGGUGGUGAACCGCACCUGGAUGGAGCUCGCCAUCGCCGUGUACGACACGAUGCGCCGGGCCCUGCAGAGCGAGCACGCCAACUCCGGCGUCGAAGCGGGCUGUAGGUGGUGGGUAGACACAUUUGAGCCCCGCCUUCGGCGCACGCUCGCUGAGGCACGCGAUAUCGCAGGCCAUUCGGAGAUGCAGUCGCUGCCGCUGAUGCAGGCAAUUCAUGAGCGAAGUGUGGCACUCUUGCGGGACCUGGCGUCGCCCCGCAUCGUUACCCUGCACAUAUCCAACUUCACGGAGCGUGUUGAUUCCGUUGAGCCGCACGAGGAGGCACUGCGUGAGGCCCUGCUUAUGCGGCUCUCACUGCUUGCCCAGACACUUGUCGGUGACGCAAAGUACCCCGGGCACCAGGAAUACGCGGAUCGCUUACGUGAGGUUUCCGACUGGGUAGACGCCCAGGCGAAGGGCGUCGUCUACACACAACUGAUGCACCGCGUGGAGAAGCUACGAUCCAUGGUAGAGGAGCAGUUACGUCUGCUGCUGGACAACAAAACCGCCAAGGCGGCCCAGUCAUGA